CUGCUGCAUGGCGCACGUCACGCAUCGGUCUAUCAUACUGGAACCUUCGUCCUCUCCUUUCCUUGCGGUGCAAGAAAACCCUGAUCGCUUGCUUUCACCGCUAAGUAUCUCGACGCCCACCUUUCCUCUUUCUCUCGUGUAGCGCUGUUGAUUACCCUCGCUCUGGUCGCGACAUCCCACCGUGGGGAAUCUUAGGUGAGCGAUCGGAUGCCUCUUCACUCUCUGAUUGCCCCUCACUGACAAUAAAUUUCUUCUCCGAUCGCCUGCGGAAUCCGUGGGCAAGGUUGAAGUUUCAGGGCUUGAUCUGGCGGAGGUCGAAAUCUCUUCUUCUUCUUUCAGAUGUGACCCAGUCGUCGAUUAGGCAGGCAAAUCCGACCAGCUUCCAUGAUGUUUCUUCUUCUUCCUCGGUGCUGCUUCCCUCGUUGUUAACGAAGCGAAGCUUCAAGCGAUCGGGUGAUAGUCACGGUGGUCGAUCCUACAAUCGGGAGUUCUGAAGCAAGUGGUGCACCAUGGAUGAUGAAAAAUGCAUGGCGCAGGGUAGUCCUGAUGCGGACUGGUCGGGGCGUGAAACUGGUUCGCAACAAGGUUUAUUGCCCUCUCCCUCUCCCUCUCCCCAAACACCUUGGCAGGUCAUGCACAAAGCCGAGAACAAGUAUGAAGUCGGCAAAAUUGCUGAUAAGGAAGAGGCGAUACAAAGGCGAGUGAGAUCCAUCCUUAACAAAUUGACACCUCAAAAUUUCCGAAGACUCUUUGCCCAGAUCAGAGGUGUUAACAUCGACAACGCACUCACUCUUACCGGUGCCGUCUCACAGAUCUUUAACAAAGCUCUGAUGGAACCAACCUUUUGUGAAGUGUAUGCCACCUUCUGCCGUCAUCUUGCUGAUGUACUACCUAGGUUUAGCGGCGAAGGGAUUACGUUUAAGAGACUGCUCUUGAACAAAUGCCAAGAGGAAUUCGAAAGAAGGGAGCGGGAAGAAGCCGAAGGUCACAAAGUUGAGAUGCAGCAGUCUGAGGCGGAAAAGGAAGAGAGGAGGCUUCUUGCUCGCAUGCGUGGACUUGGUAAUGUUCGGUUGCUCGGGGAAUUGUACAAACAGAGGAUGCUGACCGAGAGAAUCAUGCAUGAGUGCAUCAAGAAGCUGUUGGGGCAGCAUCGUGAUCCCGACGAGGAAGAUGCUGAAUCAUUGUGUGUGUUGAUGAGUACCAUAGGUGAGACGAUCGACCACCCGAAAGCAAAGGAGCAUAUGGAUGCAUAUUUUGAUACGAUGACAGCCUUAUCAACAAAUCAGAAGUUGUCGUCGCGAGUUCGAUUCAAGCUGAGAGAUGCAAUUGAUCUUAGAAAGAACAAAUGGCAGAAUACAAGGAUCAAGGAGCCAUCAGGUGUUCCUUGGGCGCGCCGUCGCAUGGUUGGCACUAUGGGUGGUGGAAAAUGCACGGCGUGGCGGCGACAUGCGCCUGGCGUCCCUCGAACGCGUUGGCAGGUCAAGCACAAAGCUGAGACGAAGUAUGAAGUAGGCGGAAUGAUCGAUGACGAAGAGGCAAAGCAAAGACGACUAAGAGCCAUCCUCGAGAAACUGACACCUCAAAAUUUUGAAGAACUCUUCGUGCAGGUUGAGGAGAUCACCAUCGACAACGCGGUCACUCUUACUGGUGUCGUCUCGCAGAUCUUUGACAGAGCCACGAUGGAACCAGCCUUGUGUGAAAUGUAUGCUGGUCUCUGUUCUCGUCUCGCCGGCGUGCUGCCUGAUUUCAACGAAAUGGAUGAACGUAUUACCUUCAAAAGACUUCUUAUGAACAAAUGCCAAGAGGAAUUCGAAAGAAGGGAGCGGGAAGAAGCCGAAGGUCACAAAGUUGAGAUGCAGCACUCUGAGGCGGAAAAGGAAGAGAGGAGGCUUCUUGCUCGCAUGCGUGGACUUGGUAAUGUUCGGUUGCUCGGGGAAUUGUACAAACAGAGGAUGCUGACCGAGAGAAUCAUGCAUGAGUGCAUCAAGAAGUUUCUGGGGCAGCAUCAGAAUCCUGCGGAGGAAGAUGUCGAAGCAUUGUGCGGAUUGCUGGGUGUGAUUGGGAAGACGAUAGACCACCCGAAGGCCAAGGAGCAUAUGGAUGCAUAUUUCGACACGAUGGCAAAGCUAUCGACCGAUCAGAAGCUGUCUUCACGGACUAGAUUUAUGCUGAGAGAUGUAAUUGAUCUUAGAAAGAACAAAUGGGAAGCAAGAAGGAAAGAGGAGGAGCCAAAGAAGAUCGAUGUUGGUUCGACUGGUUCUGGUGUGCCAACCAUGGAGGCUGACGCUGUCCCUGAUUCGGCUCUUCCGGACAUGGCACAGCAGGAAUCCAAAGCUCAGGAUAUUUGAAUCUAAAUAUAUCCUUCGUAUUUUGGCAGUCUGAAUCCUGUAAUGCAUAGGAUUGCUAUCAGAAGAAUUAUAGAUAAUAUUUUGGUGUAU